GGUGAUUUUUCCGCUGCCAGCGAUGAUUUAUUUUCCGCCGCCCUCAGCCCAGAGCGCUCCGCGCCACGCUGCCGUAAAGCGCGCCCUGGGGCCGGCCGUGCCGCGGCCGUGCGGCGGGGACAGUGUCGCGCAGGCGGCGCGAUGUGGCGGGGCGCGGCCGCGGCGCUGCUGGGCCUGGCCGCCGCCUGCCUGCUGCGCCGCGGGUUCGAGCCCCGCGCCCGCCUGCUCAGCGCCGCCGAGCUGCGCCGCUACCGCGGGGCGCCGGGCGAGCCCGGGCUCUACCUCGCCCUGCUCGGACGGGUCUUCGAUGUGGAGCGGGGCCGCAAGCACUAUGGGCCCGGCGGCGCGUACAGCGGGUUCGCAGGCAGAGAUGCCACCCGAGCGUUUGCCAGCGGCGACUUCAGCGCGGCGGGGCUGGUGGACACGGUGUCGGGGCUGUCCCCCGCAGAGCUGCUCUCCAUCCACAGCUGGCUGAGCUUCUACAGCAACAACUACGAGCCCGUGGGGAAGCUGGUGGGCAGAUUCUAUGAUGAAAAUGGGGCACCGACAGCAGCCCUGAGGGAGGUGGAGGCUGCCAUUGAGGAAGCUCUCAAACUGCAAGCAGAAAGUGACCAGAAGAAGCAGCAGUUCCCACCCUGCAACUCUGAAUGGAGCUCUGCUAAAGGCACCCGCUUCUGGUGCUCCAGAGAGAGCGGGGGCGUGCCCCGAGCCUGGGCCGGGGUCCCGCGGCGGCUGCACCGCCCCGGCUCGCAGGGCUCUCACUGCGUGUGCGUGAGGAGCUCGGGGCCGCCCUGGGGCCAGCCUGCCUCCGCCCAGCACAGCGACAGAGGCGACCUGGAUCACCCGCAGCUGCAGCAGUACGAGGGCUGCCAUCCCCUGGCCGAGCAGUGUGUCCUCCUCACGGGCUGAGCCAGGGCAGGGAGGGCCCUGCAGUGAAACCCUGCAGCUCCAGCUCCAUCCCUUCCACCCGUCCAUGCAAAGGCAGCAGUAACAUUCUCAUGGUAUUUGUGAUGCUUUUUAAUAUAUGGAGAUGGAGGAAACACUUCAGCCAGGUUAGUGGCUAAAAAAUUAAGUAACAGGAUGCUUUCUUUAUUUCUGUGGGAAAUAUUUUUGUAUCUGGGAACAAACUGUAAGAUGCAGAGCCUGAAUUGUGUUUUAGAACUGCUUCUUGUGCACUCAGGAACUGGAUGUUAGUGUGCUGUGGUGUAAGGCAGCGAGGUCGGUGAGCACAGGAACUGCUGCAGCCUCACUGCCACAGGUCGUGCAGUCCCCAGGUCCUGCUGAGGUCAGGCAAUGCUGAUGCUCCUUCCCAGGCACCUGACUCACUCCCCAGAGUUUAAAGGUAGCAGGGAGAACCCUGAAUUUCUUCUGCAAUUAAGGUCCACAGUAUCAGGAACUAAACACAGUUUAGUUGCACACAAGCUUUAUCAAAUUCUUGGAGAAGGCAAAGGCCAGAGCUGCAUUUCCUCACUCAGUGUUUGCAUUAGAUACUGUGCCCAGAUAUGGAAGCCACCUGUGAGGAUUGUUUGAUAUUAACCUCACUGUCCUGGUCUGUGAUUCACCACUUUCAAACUGUUCUGAUCAGGAAGGAGGAGUUUUAAAUAGCUUUCUUUUUGUUGCCUGGGUGGCAACAGAACCAUCCUACUGUAAUCUGCCUCCUGUUUCCAUUCUGGUAUAAGACUUCCUUCCCAUCUGGUCUGUGCUAUCAGACUAUAACCUGAGCUAGAUGUGCCCUUAAAAGACCCAGCACUGUUAAAAUCCAUAUUUACUGUGUCACAGCUGGCAGAAUUCAGCAGUGUGAGUGACUCCCAGAAAUGCAGGGCAGGUCAUUACCCUCUCUGGGUGGGGUUAAAAGGGAAGAAACAAUACCUGCACUGCAAACCUCAGGCUGCAGUUGCUGGUUUUAGUGGAAUCUGCUGUUAAAAUCAGUUUUGGUGGAGCUGGGCUUUGAGAGAGACAUGCAGAUCAGGGUCCAGUG